GCAGGCGACCGGUAAGUUCCCUUCGGGGUCCGGUACGCCAGUCACGGCUACGUGCCACGUCUAGCACGCCCGGGUGAUGACAGAUUGUGAGCUGUAUGUCGUAGCAUUAAGGUUGACUAUAUACCUUUCACUAAGCGUUUGAUAUAGUCAGCGCUAACAUCAGAGCCGGGACACCUCACGACGCAGGCGACCGGUAAGUUCUCUUCGGGGUCCGGUACACCAGUCACGGCCACGUCUAGCACGCUCGGGUGCUGGCGGAUUGUGAGCUGUAUGUCGUAGCAUUAAGGUUGACUAUGUAGCUUUCACUAUGCGUUUGAUAUAGUCAGCGCUAACAUCAGAGCCGGGACACCUCACGACGCAGGCGACCGGUAAGUUCCCUUCGGGGUCCGGUACGCCAGUCACGGCCACAUCUAGCACGCACGGGUGAUGACAGAUUGUGAGCUGUAUGUCGUAGAAUUAAGGUUGACUAUGUAGCUUUCACUAUGCGUUUGAUAUAGUCGGCGCUAACAUCAGAGCCGGGACACCUCACGACGCAGGCGACCGAUAAGUUCCCUUCGGGGUCCGGUACGCCAGUCACGGCCACGUCUAGCACGCACUGGUGAUGACAGAUUGUGAGCUGUAUGUCGUAGCAUUAAGGUUGACUAUGUAGCUUUCACUAUGCGUUUGAUAUAGUCAGCGCUAAUAUCAGAGCCGGGACACCUCACGACGCAGGCGACCGGUAAGUUCCCUUCGGGGUCCGGUACGCCAGUCACGGCCACAUCUAGCAUGCCCGGGUGAUGACAGAUUGUGAGCUUUAUGUCGUAGCAUUAAGGUUGACUAUGUACCUUUCACUAUCCGUUUGAUAUCGUCAGGGCUAACAUAAUAAAGAAACUCUCAUUUAACUUAGUGCGUUUGUCUAAACUAUAAUCUUCAUUUGAUUCAACGUCUUAUGAAUCUUACUAAAAUAUUAAUUGCAAAGAUUCACCGAUUUAGAUCUCGACGACUACAGAACCACAUAACUUUUAUCUCGGGGCGAAGACCGCACUCUUAUCUUUUCUUAAACUUAUAGUUAAUGACCAAAAUAAUGAUUAUUAAGGUGAUAUGUCAAGUAUUAAAUUCGUUUAUAUUUUUAAGACUGUUUUCUAGAAACUUCCUCUCUCUGUGCCUCAUAAUACUUUUGCCGCAUCGUGUAUAGCUUACGAACGAAAAAAAAUGUCGUUUGUAUAUUAGUUUCGGCUAAACUGACAAAUGUCUGAUGUCAUGAUUACGGGGCCAAUGUUGGUGUUAUUGCUAUUGGCAGUUUCUGCCUAUGGCGAUCAUAGGACGUCGUGCAGCCGUGGGCCGCCUUUUGGUAUACGAGGACUGGACAACAAUGUCACUGUCUUGGACCGAUAUGAUUGCAAUAUAAAAAAAAUCGAGUUAGGUGCUUUCGAAAACCUCCCAAACUUAAAAACCAUACGCUUACAUAUGAACAAAAUUGAGCAUAUAGACAUCGCCGUCUUCGACUCUUUGCCUGAAUUAAUGAGUCUUUAUCUGAAUUCUAAUAAGUUACAUGAGAUGCCAAAUUUCAGUGAACACUCGCUCCCAAGCUUACAAGAGUUAUUUCUUACAAGUAAUCAGAUAACUGUUUUAAAUAACUCAAAAACAUUCGCCGGUACCUUGCAGUUGCGGAAUUUAGAUUUAAGUUUCAAUUUAAUUGAACACAUACACCCGGAUAUAUUUAAACCGUUAACUAAUUUGCGUGAACUGUAUUUGAAUGAUAAUAAGAUCAAGUUUAUAUCGGAAGUAACUUUUCCGAUUCAAACCUUGAAAAAGUUAACCUUAGACCAUAAUUUGAUAGAGUACGUUUCACCGGGCGUGUUCCGUGGAGCUAAGUUUGAGGGGUUGCGAUUGGACUUCAAUAAGAUCUCGUAUUUACCAGCAAAUAUGGCCACUGACUUUGUCAAUUCUGGCGCUCGUCUGAAGAGCUUCUGUUUCUGUUAUAACUCCUGGAACUGUGCGUGUUUGAUCGAGCAGGUCCUUGAGGUGAUGAAGUUGGGUGUACGUGACUACGAUGUCUAUUGGGACCGUCAGCUGAGUGGGGCUAAGCCAGCAUGCAAAUUUGUCGGUACAUCGUGCCACCGAGAAACUACUUAGCUUAGUCUGUGGCAAAUGUUUUACAUAAACAUUAGAGUCAAACCGAGAUAAGUUGUCAUUGUUAUAGCCCAGACGGUGCACGGGUUAUUUUAAACGUAUACUUCUAUGAAAUUAUGACGCCUAAUUGACACUUGCACCGUCUGGGAUAUCAAAAUAGCUGCCAACUUAUCUUGGUCUGACUCUAAUGGAUAAUACUUAAAUAUAGCUAAUAUACUCAUAUUAGACGAAAUACUUUUGUUUUGACUAUCCUCAGUCUUUCUUAUCCACAAUUCCAUCCUUUAAUUCAACAUUAUACUAAAAUCACUCAUAAUUUUAAUAACGAAUCGGUAUCGGUACCUACUUUUUUUUUACUUAAUCGCUGUUCGGGUCAAAAUCAGAUCCAUGAAGCGCCUGCGCAAAUAUUAUAGCAAAACGCCACAGAGGUCAAUCUCCUCUCGUAUUAAAUAUUGACUUAUUAUUAUUUGAGUAUUGAUUAUUAGUAUUGUCGUUUAAGAUAUUGUCAAAAGCAUGUCAUUCACUUAUUCCUGUACCACAAGACAGAUUACACGUCUCAUUUAAUUA